CCUCCAUCUGUUAGUGUGUCUGUGUUACUGUGUGGUACUUUUACUUCAGUAAAGUAACUGACUAAAGGACCUGACUCUUUAAUAAAAUGCUCUGUCUCUGGAGGAAUCCUACCCAGGAAGGGAGGAGGGAGGAAACUACAGCUGGAGGUGUGAUCACACACUGAGACAGACUCAUGUCUUACUAAGUGUUUUUAAAACAAACCACAGAGCUGCUUCUCACACAUCAGACUUUGCUGCUGUUCAGGGCUUAUCAUCAUUUUCCUGUGAACCUCCGUCCUCGUCGGUUCGUCCAGACGACAUCACCUGUCACCAUCACCUGUCUGAAGUUCCACGAUGCUCUCCUCCUCCCCUCUCCUCCUCCUCCUCCUCCCCCUCCUCCCUCCCUCUCUGGGUUGUCAUACCAGCUCCUUCACCGAGUGUCAGCUUCUUCCCUUUGUACCCGGUCACAAUCUGGCUGGCGAGGGUUUUGACGUGGUGAAGAUGCAGACCAGCGGAGCCAGUGUGGUCGACGUCAAGAGCUUCAUGGUCGGAGGAGCUCAGGGGAACUGCACCGUGUGCUUCAACCACCUCCUCAACCAGACCCAGAAACUCCCGGUGUCGGUUCUGGACUGGAGGAUCAAGGUGCAGUGCCGGCGCAGCCUGAGCAGUAAGGUCUUUGAGUCGAGUCAGUCGGUGAUGAAAGAGAUGAGUUCAUCUCUUGGAACCAGCUGGAAGGUGGGCCUCAGUAUUGCUGGACUGGGUGGGUUUGCAGUUGGAGGAUCACACUCCGUCUCAUCACAGUUUGCAGAGAGCCACAGCAGGAAAGACAAGUUCUCCUUCACCACCCACAACUUCAACUGCAAGUACUACACCUUCCGUCUUCACUCCCGCCCUCCGCUGAGCAAAGAGUUCAAGGUCUCCCUGAAGAACCUUCCCUCCACAUACCACCACAAGAACACCUCCGCCUUUCAACACUUCAUCUCCAUCUACGGGACCCACUUCAUCCGUAGGGUUCACCUCGGGGGACGAGUGCACUCCAUGACAGCCAUCCGGACCUGCGAGGCCGCCAUGAGCAAGCUGUCCGUCCGCACCGUAAGCAACUGUCUGUCCGUCGAGGCCAGUGCGACCAUAAAGGGCGUCACUGCCAAAGCCAGCUCAGAGUUCUGCCACAAAAAGAGCAAAAGCCUUAAAACUGGUGCAACCUUCAGCCAGGCCUUUUCCGACCGGACCACUGAGGUUCUGGGUGGAGACGGCAAUGUGGGAGACAUCCUGUUCAACCCCAACGGAGCCGCAGGAUACAAGAAAUGGCUCCAUUCCCUGAGUAGGGUCCCAGGUGUGGUGUCCUACCAGAUUAGCCCCCUGCACUUGCUGGUGUCAGAUAACCCCAUUCUCAAGUCCAGCCUACGAGACGCUAUCAGCGACUAUAUCCGCAAAAGUGCCAAAGCGCUUCACUGCUCCCCCAGCUGCAAAAUCGGCAACCAGAACCAAAACUGCGCGUGUCAGUGCAAAGGACACCACAUGGUCGACUCUAAUUGCUGCCCCGCCGAGCCUGGUGUGGCCCGGCUGAACGUGACGGUGGUCCAAGCCCAGGGGCUGUGGGGCGACUACUUCUCCAAGACGGAUGGAUACGUUAAAGUUUUCUACGGUGGACAAAGUGCGACGACGCCGGUGAUCUGGAACGACGACUUCCCCAGGUGGAACUAUCUUGUCCGGUUUCAAACCGUCAACCUACGGCACAGAGUACCUGUCAUUUUUGAGGUUUGGGACCGGGACAACGUUUGGGAUGAUGACCUGCUGGGGAAGGUGUCCGUCAUCCCCACGAUGGGUCGCAAUGUCCACAAGACGUUCAAGCUGAAACAUGGGUCGCUGUUUGUCAAGCUGUCUGCAGUGUGUGCUCCCAGCCUGCAGGGGUCACUGUGUGAGAAUUAUGUCGCCUCGCCAGACUACCAGGGCAUCAUGGGAUACAAGAGGGAGGAGCCAGAGGACCACUGGGGUUCAGGGAGGUCAGCUCAGGAGGCCCAUGGUGCUUAUGACAACUCCUUGCUUUAAGUUUUCACCUGAUGAGUCGCUGCUGUGGAGGACAAAAAAAUGACAAAAUCAUAGAGAGAUAAACAAAUAAACAAUUAAAAUAAUAAAUGACAAAUAAAUUGAUGUGAUUUAAGAUCUUCAGUGGAAGAUUUCGAGAACAGCUUACCCGAUGACUGCCUUCAGUUUCAUAUGGAAGAAUGUUUAGCUCCACUCUACCAAGGUUGGCUGGCUAGUUUGAUAGGAAUCAUUUGCUUCUGUCUGGUUCGCCCAGGUGACCAAUCCCUAAUUGACAUACCUACACAUAAAUACAAAAAACAAAUGUAGAAAUACAGAAAUAAUCUUUUUCAUUAGUAAAAUGAAUUUAUUUGUGUAUUUAUGUAUUUAUACUUGUAAUUUUUUUGUUCUCCACAGCUGCUGCAGUUUUAGAUCUGAAAGACUUUCUGUUGUAGAUGUUUGAAGAUCACAGUAAAGUUGCUUCCUGUUGCCUCUGUCUUCAUGCUUGUUGGCUUCACAGUGUUUUAUAAUCUGCUAUAAAUUGACACAUACACCAAUAAAACAUUUCUAAACGCAA